UUCUCUCUCUCUCUCAGUCCGUUGCUUGCCGCUGCCGGAGCCACAUCACAGUCCUCUUUUCUGCUUCUUCAUCGGGAAUCACACACUCUUCUCCACCAGAUAAGGACAAAGAAAGCCAAAAGAAUCAAGGAAAAAAGCGAGAGGAGAGGAUUGAUAAAUGAAGUGAAGUGACUGGGUGGAGGCAGGACAAGUGAAGGGGGGGAACAAAACUGAAGAAAACCUCCCUGAAGGAGAGAGGAGAUUUCUAAAAAUACAAGGCAGCUUACUCCCUGCAUUCUGUUAUUCUCUCUCUCUCUCCCUUUUCUUUUUUUUUUUUUGCAGCAUCCCCUCCUUCAUUCAGUACCUGUUCUGUGGGAUUAACAUGACUUAAAAUUCAAUCAGCCUACAGCCUGACGGAAGAGCGACAGAGGAGGCAGACAGAGCGCUGCAGCUGUCGAGACCGAGCGAGGGGACGGCCAGCGGGAGGAGAGAGAGAGAGAGAGAGAGAGAGAGGAUAGACAGUGUGAGAUAGAGAUAGAGAGGAGAGAGAGAGAGAGAGAGAGAUGGGUGUUUUUCCACGGGAGCUGAGAUAGAGAGAGAGCCACGGAGACAGGGCGAUGUGACGGUUCCAGGAGUCGCGGUGGUAUGAUCCGGAAAACAAGGUUUCUAGCCAUCCCUCCAUCUCUCCAAAAAAACCUCCCUCCAAGGUCAUCAAUGAACCAGUAAUUCAAUGUGGGAGAACAGACGCCGAUCGCACCGUGCCCAGCGUGGAGAGCCCCAGUGACACACCCUGGAAAUCACUCCGGGGGGGAAGUGAGGGAUGAGAGGAAGAGGAAGGGGGGCAAGAAAACUGAAUGUGUGAAGCAAUAAUAGGAGAGAGAGGCAGAUGAACAAAUAAGAAGAGUGAGGGUGGAGGAAUUAAAAAAAAAAAAAGGAAAGAGGGAGCGAGAGAAGGGGGAAGGGGAUGAGGAGUGGAGCCGCCGACUCCAGGAUUCCUAUUCUCUGCCGACUCAACUGCUCCAAGUGAAGUUGAAUACAGCCAUGAGGAAAUCGUAUCAUGACGCCAUAAAUAGGAUUUCGAACCAAAUGGAUUUUUUCUCUCAAACUGAGGUCUCUAUUUCGGAAUACCGCGCCAGGAUUGAGCGAGUAAUUCGGGAUUUUCCAGGUUUUCUUCCAUCUAUAGAAGCCUAAGAGGAUAUCGUGGGAUUGGAAUUUCCGCAAAACUCUUCUGGUUUUUCUGACACUGACCUACAUCCUACAGCCUCCUUUUGAUGUGUGCGGGGGGCGCGUGCGUCUGAAGGGGGGAGUAGGACAGGUUUCAGCACAAACACACAACCCCUUCCCCCUCCACCCCCCAACCACCACCACCUCCAACUCCAACUCCAACUCCCGCUGGCCCAACACAAGGAGAAACACCUGGGGCUGUGCUAAACACACACACACCACACGCACAUAUAAACCUGGAUAACAUGUGGAGCUGAUUCGGAUUAUAGAGCCGCACAGACGGAAAAGGUCUGUGGAUCGCCAGGCGUUCUACCAUGCCUGUCCCCCCACCCUUCAAUCCCCGCAGACAGAAACACCUGCCCCACACACACCUCCACCCAGAACAGCGGGCAGAGCGUUCCGCCUUCCCCUCCCUCCUCCCUCCAUCCAUCCUCUCUCUUUCUCUUCUCCCCCCUCUCUUCUUGUCAUCUCUGCCCUCCUCAUCCCAUCUCUGCGCCUGCCCCAGGGCCACGAAACGAACCCUCCCCGACCCGCUCCCUUUCCCGGCGUUCCACUGGCUGACUCUGGUCACAUGCUGCCUGCUGCCCUCUCUGAUCGGAGCCGGGGAGACGUGGGGCGUGGUCUCGGCCUGCCCCUUCCACUGCGUGUGCCGGAACCUCUCGGAGUCGCUCAGCACGCUCUGCGCCGACAAGGGCCUCCUGUUCGUCCCGCCGCACGUCGACCGGCGCACCGUGGAGCUGCGGCUGGCCGACAACUUCAUCACGGAGGUGGGCGGGAUCGACUUUGUCAACAUGAGCGGACUGGUUGAUUUGACUCUGUCGAGGAACACCAUACACAUAAUCAGACCGAUGACCUUUGGUGACCUGGAGAGUUUGCGCUCGCUGCAUCUGGAUGGUAAUCGCUUGACAGCACUCGGACCCAGAGACCUCGCAGGUUUGAUCAAUCUGCAACACCUCAUCGUCAACAACAACCAGCUGGUCAAAGUCUCCUCCCAGGCCUUUGACGACUUCCUGCUCACACUGGAAGACCUCGACAUGUCCUACAAUAACCUCAGGAGGGUACCGUGGGAGUCCAUUCAGAACAUGGGCAGCCUGCACACUCUCAACCUGGACCAUAACCUGAUAGACCACAUAGCGGAUGGAGCCUUUGGGGAGCUGUACAAGCUCGCGAGGCUGGAUAUGACCUCCAACAGGCUCCGAACCAUGCCUCCUGAUCCCCUAUUCGCAAGGUCCCAGACGGGUGCCAUAAGUCCCACCCCCUACAAUACUGUCAUAAGCUUAAAUUUCGGUGGGAACCCGCUGCACUGCAAUUGCGAACUGCUAUGGUUACGGCGGCUUACCCGUGGGGACGACAUGGAGACGUGUGCCACACCUCCUCACCUGGCUGGAAGAUAUUUCUGGUCGAUUCCUGAGGAGGAGUUUACUUGUGAGCCACCUCUCAUCACCCGUCACACUCACAAGCUGUGGGUGCUGGAGGGCCAGCGAGCCACGCUGAAAUGCCGCGCCAUCGGCGACCCCGAGCCAGUCGUCCACUGGGUUUCCCCAGACGACCGCAUCGUUGCCAAUUCAUCCCGGACCAGCUCCUUCAGCAACGGGACCUUGGAUAUCUUAGUAACAGUUGCCCGGGAUGACGGGGCAUACACGUGCAUCUCGAUAAACGCUGCAGGCGAAGCGACCGCCACUGUGGACCUGAAAAUAAUCCCCCUGCCUCACCGGGGCGGAGCAGGCGGAAACACAGGGAAUACUAACAACGUGAACGCCAAAAACAACAGGAACGUGACCAAUGGGAUUUUACGGACCGAUCCGGGCUCCUCGGAUAUCAGCACGGGGAAGAACGGGGGGAUUAACAACGGAGCGGGACGUGGAGGAGAGGCGGAGGAUGGGAGAAGAGGCGGCGAGGACGACGAGGGCGACGGUAGCAGGGCCUCCGAAGGGGAGGAGGACGAAGGAGGGAGCAUUGAGGACGACGAGGGGGACGAGGAGGAAGCGAGGAUGGUUGGAGUACAAGGGGUUACGUCGACCUCGGCUCAGGUCCGAUGGGAUUUGGGGAGUUUGUCUGCAGCUUACGUUGUCUGGAUGUAUCAGAUACAGUACAACUGCACCGCCGACGAGACCCUCAUCUACAGAAUCCUACCGUCAACAAGCGACCGCUUCCUGUUGAAGAACCUGGUUUCCGGUGCGGACUAUAACCUGUGCGUGCUGGCCAUUUUUGAUGACACGAUCACAUCAUUGGCGGCAACAAAAGUCUUGGGCUGCGCCACGUUCUCCACCAAGGAUAUUUACCCGCCGUGCCGCUCUCUCCAAGCCCAUUUCCUGGGCGGGACGCUCACCAUAUUGGUCGGCGGCGUCGUUGUCGUCACCCUGCUCGUGUUCACCGUGGCGCUCAUGGUCCGCCACCGCGUUUGCAAUCACGGCGACCACAUGAUAUGUCACAACGGCAACACCGAGGCGGGAGGCGGGGCCUGCUGUCAGGGUGGAGGCGUAGGGGGCGGGGACAAAGGGGGAAACAGUAGCGGGUGCUACCAAUCAAAUGGCUCCGGGGACAUGAUGAUGGUGGUCCUGCCCAACGGUCUGCCAUCCAAGAGAGGAGGGGACAAGACGAAUGAGAAGGAGAAAGACAAGGAGAAGGAGAAGGAAGAAGCUGAUUCUGCUUCCUCUCUGCCUCCAAAACUCCCUCCAAAGCCCAGGCCCAAGCCUAAAGUCAACCUGGAGCAGUUUCUUUCAGCUGGGGGGGUAGUUUCCACGACAACAGGGGGAGGAUGUGAGAUGGCAUUGGUCGUGAGGCAAAGGAAGCUGGAGAAGGCGCCGCCAUACAGUCCUGAAAGUGACAGAACUCCCCUCUACUACUCCCCUUCCCCUUCCUCCACCCUGCCCCGUCAGUCACACAGGGACCGCCCGAGACCCCGUCUGGAGCGAGAACUGACCAAUCGUGCCAGCUUCUCUCUGGCUGCACCCCUGGGUGAGCGAGAGCUGCUGGACUGGAGAAUCAGUCCCCGAGCAAGGGACAAAUGGAACUCCUCACAAGCUUAUCAGAGCCCUCUAUCCCCUCUAAGCCCCGCUAGCGGGACUGUUAGCAAGCGGAGGCACUCGCUGGAUAUGGGCUCCUCCGUCGCCCUUGCGACUGACGCGGCAGCGACUGUCGCCAAGCGCUACGGCGCCCACAAUUACGCCAAGCGCCUGAGCGUGAUCUGGACGAGGCGGAGCCAGUCUCUCCACGGAAUGCUGGUGCAGUGCGGCUCGACGACGAGCACGACGUCCUCGACGACCAGCGACGAGGAGAGCGGCGCGGCCUUCGGGAGGCAUUGCGAGUUCCAGCGGGGAUACAUCCACGCUUACAACACCACCAACUCCAACUCUAACACCGCGAUCACUGCCGGGAAAACGAGCAGCGUAAAAGACAGGGGGAGGCAAACGGGGAAGGACGGAAGGAGGGCUGAGGAACUGGAGGAAAGUGUUGUGUAGGGGGUUGUGGAAUGUAAUAAAAAAAAAAAGCUAAGAGGGAUAAAGAGGCAGUUUGAAUGGGAUCUUGAUUUGAGGUGGAGUCAUGGGAGAUAUUGAGGGAGCAGGACAGGAGAGAUGAAGUGAUUGCACAUGAAGAGGCAAAGGUUGUGAUGAAGGGAGAAGAGUAAAAUUGACUCGAGUCUCACUUGUGCAGC